AGACCAAACAUGAUCGUGGUGGCGGUAAUGCACCUAAAAGCUAUUUGCCAGCCGCCAUUAAACAUAGAAGAAGAAGAAGAGGCAGCAACAUGAUUGGCAGCCUGUUAUUUUAUGUAGCCUACCCAUUAUCCCGGUAUUUUGCACGCCGACCCUCAGAGGCCUCAGAGAAGGGUCUCCCUCCUGCUGUGGUUAAUGGCAAGGCAGUGUGGGAUGGUGGUGCUGUCCCAACCGGGAAGUUCACCCAGUCUCAGACCACCCUGCCGGACCAGUGGCUCAGCCCAAGCCGUGGACUGGGAGAACAAACACGAGAAGGGAUGAAGGAGCAGGGUCCGGGAAAGGAAGACGAUACACAGCCUGACAUGGAUAAAGAACAGCUGACGCUUGUCCUCCUGCAGGAGGACACCAAGAAUGAGCUUGUGUUAAAGAAAAAUGAGGUGAAGAGUGCAGGGAAAGAGGAGGAAGCAGAGAUGAGUGAUGGAAAGCAAGAAGAUGAAGUGGAAGCUCCCAAGCAAGAGGGCCAUGAAGUAAUUAUCCACCAUGAGGAGUUACAGAUAAAGCAAAAUGUGGAAAAUGUUGUUCUAGCUGAGAGGGUCAGUCCAGUGCAGCAGCUAUGGGAGCAUCUUCAGAACGUGCCCGCUGAAGACAGCGAACCAGAAACCACCUGGGAACCAAAGGAGGAAGACAUGCACUCAGCCACCCAGGAUGAGCCAGCAGCUGCAGCUAAAAAAGCAGCUGCAGAUACCGAAUGGUGGGAUGAAUACAUAAUUCCUGCUGAUGAAACACUUGCUGGGGAAAGCGUUCCAGUGUUGGAUCUAGCCUCCCUUCUCUCAGCCACUCAGACCCACGCUGAGGACAACCUGGAGUCUCUUCAACCUGGAUGGCACUUCCCUGUAGGCCCCAGCCCGGCAGAUGUAACCUACUGCCCACUGUGGCAGUUCCCUGCCCUGAGCUACUACCCUCCAUUACAGCAGGCAGUGCCCUUGGAAGUCAUGUGGAGAAUAUGGGAGGAAGUAGGGGAGAGCUCCGCCUCAGCAGAGCCAGCCUAUACCUGCUUCCAAGACAGAUCAGCCUUAUUCGACUUCACCGUCAUGUCCUACAACAUCCUCGCCCAGGACUUACUGGAGACCCACCAGGAGCUUUACUCACACUGCCCCCUGGAGGUGCUGCAGUGGACCUACCGCUGCCACCUACUUUUGGAGGAAAUCCUGAAAUGGGCACCGGAUAUUCUGUGUCUCCAAGAGGUGCAAGAGAACCACUACCAGGAACACCUGCAGCCGGCCCUCGCUCAGAUGGGCUACACCUGUGUGUACAAGCGGCGAACAGGGACCAAGACAGACGGCUGUGCUACUUGCUACCGUGGCGACCGCUUCUCCGAGCUCUCGGUGAGCCUGCUGGAGUUGUUCAGGCCUGAGACGACGCUGCUGGACCGGCACAACGUGGGGGUCGUCCUGCUGCUUCAGCCAGUUGUCACCCAGGGGUCAGAGGUCAAGACCAAGGGCCUGCCCCUGUGCGUCGCCAACACCCACCUUCUCUUCAACCCCCGGAGAGGAGACGUGAAGCUGGCUCAGUUAGCCGUCGUGCUGGCAGAGAUCGACCGUGUGGUCAAGUCCUGUAAGGCCAGAGGGGACGGCUGCAACGUCAUCCUGUGUGGGGACUUGAACUCCGUUCCAAACAUGCCUCUGUACCAGCUGAUCACCACCGGCCAGCUCUUCUACCACGGGUUACCAGCCUGGAUGGUAUCGGGUCAGGAGGACCUGUCACACAAAGCCUUCCACAGACUGUUCCCUCCGCUGUGGCCGAGCUCUCUGGGAGUCACAGACAACUGUCAGUACACCACCGACAGAGAGACGUCUGAGAACCGGACACAGGACUCAGGGAAACUCCAGUACAGCCAUGACUUCCUGCUGCAGCUGCGCUUCUGUCCAGCUGCAUGUGUCCGUCCCGUGGACUUGGAGCAGAUCCCCGGUGUGACUGACAACACACCAGAUGCAUCCACGGAAAAUCAGUCAUAUGUACAAAGGUUCAGAUCCACGAUCUGUCAUGAGCUGAGCCUGCAGUCGGCCUACACACACACCCUGCCAGCCUCUGGCCUGGCUGAAGUCACGACCCUGCACUCUGAAGUGGCAGCCACAGUCGACUACAUCUUCUACUCCCCCGAUCAAAAAGUUUUGUGUUUUUCAGCGGGAGGCCACACGGUGAGUGGAGGCCUGAAGCUGAUUGGUCGUCUGUCCCUCCUAUCAGAGGAGGACCUUUGGUCAAUGACGGGCCUGCCCAAUCACAUCUUCCCCUCUGACCAUGUCAGUCUUCUGGCCAAGUUCCAGCUGGACCUGAGUGCUGCAUGAUGGGAGGUGGGCUGUCCAGUGUGCAUCCUGCUUGUGUUCAAGUACUGCUAGCCUUACCCUGUAAUUAGUAUUUUUUUAAUUGCUUUUUUUUUUUAGUUUUUUUUUUUUUAGUGUUUACACUGUUACUUGGUCUUGGAGUUCCAAGACGUAACAAAUGGAAAAUCCCAAUUUUCAAUCUUAAUAGGAGGCCAUCUAAAUAUUUUUGUUCAAAAGUUUAAAAAAAAUGCCAAUAUUCAAGCCUGUUCUUGAUGUUUUUAAUUAGAUAAAUCCUCCUGAGAUAUGACUUUGAAUUAUGAAGGUAGGAAUGAAGGUAACAAUUGCAUACAUCGUAUUGACAUGAUAACGAACUUAACUUUUUUUUCUGUCUUUGCUGUUGACAGCAGUGAUGACAAUGUAAUAUUUAGAUAGAUGUACCUGGCACUCCAAACAAGUAAAAAACAAACAAACAAACAAACAAAAAAAACGGUCAUUGUUAUUGACUAAAUAAAGACCCAAGAUGUUUUGACUUUACUUUUAAUUUAUUUUUGUUUUGAGAAUUUCCCUGCCUAUGGAAGUUAUAUUUUUUCAGACGGUGGAAAAAUUGAAUAAAUGUUUUCCAGGUGA